AUGAGCUCGGUUUUCCCUGGACCAAGAUUCCUGUCCUUGUUACACCGAAACACAAAAACCCUAGCUCAGGCUAAGCAAAUCCAUGCCCAACUCGUGAUCCAUGGCUGCCAAGACAAUUCUCUCCUCGGCAAACUCAUAGGCCAUUACUGUUCGAACCCAUCUCCAGAAAGCUCCAAGCUUUCUCAUUCACUCGUGUUCCCUCGAUUUCGUCAUCCCGACAAGUUCCUCUUCAACACAUUGCUUAAAUGCAGCAACCCAGAAGACUCUAUCCGAAUUUUCACCAGCUGGGUAUCAAAAAGUUCGUUGCUUUAUCUCAACGAGCGCACGUUCGUCUUCCUCCUCGGCGCUUGCGCCAGGUCAGCUUCUUCGUUGCGUGUUGGGAGGAUUGUUCAUGGGAUGGUGAUAAAGCUUGGGUUUCUCUAUAACUCUGAAUUGAUUGGAACCACUUUACUCCAUUUCUACGGUAAGCAUGGGGAUUUCCGUUAUGCGAGGAAGGUGUUCGAUGAAAUGCCUGAGAAAACUUCGGUUACUUGGAACGGGAUGAUUGGAGGGUAUUGUUCGCGUAAGGAUAAAGGGAAUCAUAAUGCGAGGAAAGGGAUGGUUUUGUUUAGGAGAUUUUGUUGUUGUGGUGAUGGAGUUAGACCUACUGAUACGACUAUGGUUUGUGUUCUUUCAGCUAUCUCUCAGAUGGGUUUGCUCGAAGUUGGUGCUCUUGUUCAUGGUUACAUAGAGAAACUUGGGUUUAUACCCGAAGUUGAUGUCUUUAUUGGUACUGGACUUGUAGACAUGUACUCAAAAUGCGGCUGUUUAAACAGUGCUAUCUCUGUGUUCGAGGUAAUGAGAGUGAAGAAUGUCUUAACAUGGACUUCAAUGGCAACGGGGCUAGCUCUCAACGGAAGAGGAAACGAAACACCGAGUCUUUUAAACCGAAUGGCGGAGUCUGGGAUCAAACCAAACGUAGUAACUUUCACUAGUUUGCUUUCAGCUUACCGUCAUAUAGGUCUUGUUCAAGAAGGGCUGGAGUUGUUUCAGAGCAUGUGGACAAGGUUUGGUGUUACUCCGGUUAUUCAACACUACGGAUGCAUUGUAGAUCUUCUUGGUAAAGCAGGGCGGUUACAAGAAGCGUACGAGUUUGUAUUAGCUAUGCCGAUCAAACCUGAUUCUAUCAUUUUGAGAAGUCUUUGCAAUGCCUGCAGCGUCUAUGGAGAGACUGUAAUGGGUGAAGAGAUAGGAAAAGCUCUUAUGGAGAUGGAACAAGAGGAGAAGGGCUCUGAAUGCGAAGAUUAUGUUGCGUUGUCUAAUGUGUUAGCUUCUAAAGGGAAAUGGGUAGAGGUAGAGAAGUUGAGGAAUGAGAUGAAAGAAAAAAGAAUCAAAACAAGACCUGGUUACAGCUUUGUUUAG